AUGGCUCUCAGCCCUGCGGACGUUUGCCUCCUGGAGAAGGAGGCUAGAGCUAGAGAAGAUGAGGACAAGCGGAAGCAUUCGAGGCCUAACGUUUCAGAGGAGACUGCAGGGUCGCUCGUGACUCGGCUCUUCGGCAAGGAGGUCUCCUCCGUCGCACGCCUCGACAGCUACGAUGACGCCAACUUCAAGAUCGUGGAGGCGGGCAGUGGGGAGACGUUCACCCUGAAGAUCCACAACGGGUGGGACUCUCAGGACGAGGCUCUCAUCGUGGCGCUGAACCACGUGGUGUUGUAUGUCUCCGACCGGGGCUUCGUCGUGCCUGCGCCGGUGCGGGCGUCGGGGGGCAGCCUGGUGUCUACGGAGAUGCUGCCGGUCGCGUCGGCCACGGGGGCAGCGGGGAGCGGGGGCGAAGAGAAGAGCGAGAUGUUGUCGGUGCGGCUCCUGAAGUGGGUGGAAGGACCAAUGAUGAAGAGCAGCGAGGUGACACCGGAGCUCAUGGAGAAGACCGGCGCCUACCUGGGCCGGAUGCAGGUCGAGCUCGACAACUUUUACGACAAGUCUCUCCUCAGAGGGCAUACGUGGGACCUGAAGAAUACAGGCGCGUUGUCGGGCUACACGAAGUACGUGCAAGACCCCGCUAGGCGUGCGCUCGCGGAAAGCGUCAUCGAGGCCUUCCGGUCGACCGUUUUGACCACUAGCGCUCACUUCCGUCACGGUGUCGUCCACGGCGACUUCAACGACGCAAACAUCAUCCUGACCCCGGAUUUCCAAGAGGUGGCAGGCGUUAUCGACUUCGGGGACGCGGCGCACACCUGGGUCGUGAACGACGUUGCCAUCGCCAUGGCCUACGCUAUGCUGUCCCCCCUCGCCAAGGAAUCUGGGGAUCCCAUAACCGCCGCGGCGUUGCUCCUGCGGGGUUUCUCUUCCGUGAAGGCGUUGCUGCCGGCCGAGAGCCGACACCUCAGGGUCCUCGUCGCGUGCCGCCUCGCGGCUUCAGGCACCCUGGGAGCAUACUCGCGACAACUUAACCCGACGAACGAGUAUCUUUCGGUGCACGCCGAGGCCUGCUGGGACGCUCUUGACCUCCUUUGGACUCGCGUGCCUGAAGAACACACCAAGGCUCUCUGGGAAAAGGCGAUGAUGCUCGCCUCGGCUAGGGUCAUCACCGAGCUGGGCUGCUCAACGCGCGGUGGCAGCGGCGGCGGGGCCGGCAAGCGGGGCCGGCCACUGGAGGCGAAACCAGUCACAUUCGUCACCGGCAAUGCCAACAAACUGAAGGAGGUGAAGCAGAUCCUCGGCAGCAGCUUCCCCUUCCCCCUGGACAACAAGAAGGUAGACCUGCCGGAGCUGCAGGGGGAGCCGCACGACGUCUCUAGGGAGAAGUGCCGCCUCGCUGCGGAGCAGGUGCAAGGCCCGGUCAUGGUGGAAGACACGGGGCUGUGCUUCAACGCUCUAGGCGGUCUGCCCGGACCAUACAUCAAGUGGUUCCUCGACGGCACCGGUCAUGACGGGCUUAACGGCAUCCUCGAGGGCUUCCAGGACAAGACGGCGUACGCCCAGUGCGUUUUCGCCUUCAGCGCCGGCCCUGGCAAGGAAGUCAAGAUUUUCGACGGCAGGACGGCGGGAUCCAUUGUGCCCCCGCGGGGGCCUACGAACUUCGGGUGGGACCCAAUUUUCCAGCCGGAGGGGCGUGACGUCACUUACGCCGAGAUGGCCAAGGAGGACAAGAACGCCAUCUCGCACAGGGGGAGGGCGCUAGGAAUGCUCAAGGGUUACGUGGCGGCCAACACGGACAAAAUCGUGGGCGAGAUGCACGCGGAAGGCGACGUGCGUGGGGAAGAAGACCGCGAAGGGGAGGGGGAGACAACAACAGCGGCAGCGGACGGGGGUGAGGGCGAGGCCGCGGCGAUCACGUUCUUUGCCCAACCGGGGGAGGAGCGCGAGAGCGUAACGAAGAUGGCGUCACGGCUGCCGUCGUCCUUGAGGGUUGGCGUGUCGGCGGUGGCGCUGGCGGAGCUGCAGGGGGACACCACGGAGGCCCUCGUGGAGAAGUGCAACACUGCGGCGGCAAAGACGAAGGGCGCCGUCAUCGUGGAGAGCUCCUCCCUGGCGUUCAACGCCCUGGCGUCGCUGCCGGGCCCCUACAUCGCAGCCUUCGUGGGCAAGCUCGGGGCUGAGGGCCUGCUGAGCCUCUUGGAGGGGUUCGAGGACAAGACGGCGGUCGCGGAACACCGGGUGGCGUUCUCGGCGGGACCUGGCGCGACGCCAAAGGUAUUCGACGCAAAGGUUGCGGGGAAGAUCGUGAUGCCGAGAGGGGUUUCCAGUUUCGAAGGAGGCGAUGCCAGCGCCAGCAGCGGGUGGCACCCGGCCUUCCUGCCGGACGGCUCCGAUGAAACCGUCGGCGAGAUGGCGGAAGGCUCCGACCAGAGAGAGGCUUCUUUGCCCAGGGGUGCCGCGAUACGAGCUCUUGAGGAGUUUUUGCUGGCCAACGCCGAAAGUGUUUCGGGCCAGAUCGAGACGUGCCGGGCUCAAGAGGACCCUUGAGGUUUUCGAGACGCCAGAGGCCCGGGGCCGUCUGGCGUGUGCUCAUCAUGUCUUCUGCACGUGGCCUUUGCCGUGGCCAGGGUGACCACGAGAGUCGCAUACACACGUGAUGGAUACAGGACAGGCCCGCCGGGAGUUAGUAAUCGCGGAAUUGGGGUCUUGGAUCAUUUUGUUAUUUUUUCGUCGCCACCGGCGUCGAGCGCAGGUUGUUAUUUAGGUACAAGGGUUAAGUGUAAGAUACAUUAUUUUCGUAGCUUUUUCGUAGAUCUGACAGGGAGUAAUCGAUCGUAGAUUCGCAACAACGCGAGACUGUCAACUUUUGUUGAAAGUACCACGUGCGCUACCUACCCUGACCUUGUUUUCUUCAUUUUUUGUUCGUGAAAAUGUUGAGCCUCUAUUUUUCCAACGGAUGGUUCUUUCGGAGCAAGUGCCCGCUCUUUAUGUGAUCUUGUCGUUGUAGAUCACCCUGCAUACUCUCUUUGAUUCUACUU